UUUCACUAUGGACAACAGCAUUUACAAAGGCCAAAUAAAGCAUAAUUUGAAUAAUUACAAAAGUUUAGGAGAAUUGAUGUGGAUUACCAUGAAAAGCCAUGGGGAUAAAAUUGCACGCUUGGACGCACGUACUGAAGAAACGAUCACAUACGCGGAGAUGCAAGAUAAAGCUGUGAGAUGCGCUUUAUGGAUGCAAAAACAAGGAAUCGAAUCCGGCGACGUUAUUAGUGUAUGCACUGGUAAUCAUCUUAACACUUUUGUGCCCUGUCUUUCGGCAGCUUAUAUCAAUGCGAUCUUCAAUCCGUGGAACGAAGACAUGAACUUACAAACUGCACUGUACUAUUUGCAACUAAUAACACCGAAGAUGAUCUUCUGUAGCGAGAAAUCUAUAAAUGUCAUUUUAAACGCAAUAAAGGAGCAGAAUUGGAGUCCCACGAUAGUAAUUUUCGACAAGCAUGCCGAUGCGGUUCCAUUUUCUGAUAUCCUGAGAAAUUGUAACGAUGAGGAAAUAACAAAUUUUCAUUAUGUCGAGCUCGAUGACAUUAAAAAGACAGCGUGCAUUAUGCAUUCGUCGGGCACUACGGGGAUACCAAAAGGUGUCGAACUGUCUAACUACGCAAUGAUAUCUUUAAUGCAACACAAUUGGAUACACAUAACCAAUGUGCCAUCACUUUGGUUCUCUUCUAUUUCUUGGGUGACUGGAAUGAUGAUGAACCUCCUUGCAAUCAUGCAAAGCACCAAAGCAAUAAUCUAUCCAGAAUUUGAUGAGGAAAUGACUUGCCGAUUAAUUGAGAAAUACAAAAUACAAACUGUUUUCCUUGGCAUGAACAUGUUGAAUCGAUUUCUCAGAUCCAGAUACAUACAGAAAUAUCCAUUAUCAUCUUUAAAAGUUAUAAAAUGCGCUGGUACAUUAUUUAAUACAAAAGUGCAGAAAGAUCUGAAGCGUAUUUUACCGCAUGUUCAAAUAUUGCAAUGUUACGGAAUUACGGAAGCCGGUGGUAUGGUAACAAUACAGCAACCACAUCAUAAGAAUGGAUCUUGCGGAGUUCUAGCCGAGAAUGUGCAAAUGAAAAUCGUCGACCCAGAAAGCAGGAAAAUACUUGGUCCAAAUCAAUCAGGAGAAAUAUGGAUAAAAGUUUCAAGAUUAAUGAAUGGUUAUUAUAGAAAUCCCGAGGCGACAAAGAAUAUCAUUGAUAAUGAAGGAUGGCUGCACUCGGGUGAUAUUGGUUAUAUAGAUGGAGACGGAGAAUUAUUCAUUAUCGAUAGAAUAAAAGAAUUUAUAAAAUAUAGAGGAUAUCAGAUCUCUCCCGGAGAAAUCGAAAAUAUGUUAAUACUACAUCCAGCAGUGCUAGAGGCUGCAAUAAUAGGAGUGCCUCAUACAAUAGACGGUGAACACCCUUUUGCUUAUGUCACCAAGAGGCCUGGCGUCAAGGUAACAGAACAGGAAUUGAUAGACUUUGUGGCGAAGAACAUGGAAGAUCGAUGCAAACUACGAGCAGGCGUGAUAUUUUUGGACAGUUUUCCAUACACGGGUUCAGGAAAGAUUUCGAGAAAAGAGUUGAAAGGAAUGACAAUUUUAUAAUUUUUAUA